AUGUGGCAUUCUGUGUCAGUGAGCUCAGACGACAAGACCAGAAGUGACCCAGUCAUCACCACAAAACCUACAACCUCAAACGCGCCCAUCCCGGCGCCAGCAGCCGGUGAGGUGGGGGGGGCCGCAGACCAGGCUACAGCAAGUGCAGUUCCGACACAGACUGAGAAAAGGGUGACGGCAGUGGCCGCCGGCGGAAUACCCCCAACGGUGCCCGGCAGCUUGGGGCCCACGUUAGCCCCAGGCGGGCAAAGCGCAGCUGUCGCGCCCACGGAUGAAGAUGCGAAGGCCUCCAGCGAGCCCAGUGUAGCUAGUGAUGGCGCAAAGGAGCCUCAAGGUUUAAGCAAGACGACACUUGGCCCACCCGCUAAGUCCACGCAGCCUGAAACCGCGAAGAGCCAGACAGCUGGAGCCCAGGGUAGCCCGGGUGUUACCACCAGCUACAUGACCACUGAGGGCCAGAAGCAGGCGACCUCUCCGUCCCCAGAUCGGGUUAGCACCCUCAGCCCUGCUUCUGCUCUCCCCCUCGGCAGCGCCCCAACAGGCCCUCACAAACCAAGUGCAAACCCUGCUACUUCGAAGCCUCCAGGGAGCCCUCCCGAGGGACCAAGCAAAAUCCCUACAGUAGCUCCAAGUAGUUUAGGCACGAAGGCGGGUCCCAGCUCCAGGUUACACGGGACACCUACCACACCACCAUCACUGGUUACCUUAGAAGGAAAUCUGCAGAAAUCCAGCAUGAUGCCGGCUGUCACUGGGACCUCUUCUUCCGCCACUGGGACCUCUUCUCCCGCCCCUGGGACCUCUUCUCCCGCCACUGGGACCUCUUCUCCCGCCACUGGGACCUCUUCCUCUGCCACUGGGACUCCCUCUGUUCCUGGGACCUCUUCGUCGGAGGCUCCACAGCCUGCAGGCCCUUCAUCGGGACCUGUGGCCACAUCUCCUGUCGAGGGAUCCAGAAGCCCCAGCACUCAGUUGGCUUCGACUGCCCCCCGAGUCUCCAACAUCCCUCCUCCUUCCUCGGCUCAUGGGGAUGACAGGAUAAAGUGCGAAUCUCCCGAAAGGCUAACUGACAAGAUGCUCAUCCUGAACUUAACAAAAACCAGCCUCUGUGCGGGGAACAGCAGUUCGGAUGACAAACUGGUCACACUUCUGUGCCGAGCAGCAAAAGCCGCCUUCAACCCAGCUCAAGAUAAGUGCCAUAUACGGCUGGUACCUAUUCAAGACUCCCAGGCAGUGGCAGUCAAAGAAAUCGCUGUCCAGACAAAGCUCCUGCCCAGGGAUGCGUAUGAAUCGCUGAAAGACAAGUGGGACGAGCUGAAAGAGGUGGGAGUCAGUAACAUGAGGUUUGGGAACCAAGGGCCACCUGAAGAGACGGAGGACCGGUUCAGCAUGCCCCUCAUCAUCACCAUUGUGUGCAUGGCAUCCUUCCUGCUCCUCGUCGCGGCCCUAUACGGCUGUUGCCACCAGCGUCUCUCCCAGAGGAAGGACCAGCAACGGCUAACAGAGGAGCUGCAGACAGUGGAGAAUGGUUACCAUGACAAUCCCACACUGGAAGUGAUGGAGACCUCAUCAGAGAUGCAAGAGAAAAAGGUGGUCAACCUCAAUGGGGAGCUGGGGGACAGCUGGAUCGUCCCUCUGGACAACCUGGCCAAGGAUGACCUAGACGAGGAGGAAGACACGCACCUCUAA